AUGCAGAAAGGGGACAUUCGUCGAUGGUUCGCAAAAAAACCUUCACCUCAAGUAUCUGAUGCUGAAAAAAAGAAGGAGACGGAUGUCGUACCUGCAGCUUCGGCCUCUCCGUUAAAGUCCCCGUCAAGCUCUAUCCUGCGUAAAGGGUCUCAUGCUCCAACUCCUACGAAAACGAGCGAGCCUCUCAAGAAGCCAGAACGAGCAAGCCCAUUACAAAAGGCAUCAGUUGCCAAGGAUGAGCCAAAACGAGGAGUUAAGGCAGUCAAAGGCUCCUCAACGCCUUCUAAGAAGCCAAGGAAAAGGUCCAUGAUCGUAGAUGAUGACGACGAUGAGGAGGAGGACAAUGAAGAUGAUGAGGAUUUUGUUGUUGAGGAAGGGGAGGAGGAGGUGGGGGUAGAGGCGGUGGCGAUGCUGGAGGGGGUCGUGGUGGGGGUGGAGGCCGAGGAAGAGGCUGGGGAGGCAGAGGUGGCUUUUUCGGGGAAAGAGCCGCUCCUCCACAUAAAGGAGAGAAGGUAUGCUGCAUUAAGUGUGCAAAUGCUGGUCUUUCUUCACAAGAUAGGUGCUGACUUGUUGUUGCUCGUGCAGGAAGUACCUGAAGGUCCUGAGAAUGCCUUGACGGGGAUCACUUUCGUUAUCAGUGGCACUCUUGACAGCUUGGAAAGGGAGGAGGCUGAGGACUUGAUCAAGAGGCAUGGUGGUCGGAUCACUAGUGCUGUCAGUGGAAAAACGACCUACCUCCUUGCUGAUGAAGACAUUGGCGGCAGAAAAUCUACCAAGGCAAAAGAGCUAGGGGUGAAGUUCCUCACUGAGGAUGGCCUCUUUGACCUCAUCCGUGCUGCAGCAAAGAAGCAGCCUCCUGCGCCAGCGAAAUCACCCCCAGCUAAACAGCCUCUGGUUGCAGAGAAGGGUCUCCCUGCUGACAAUCACAAGCCUGAUUCUGACCGACUCCCAAAGAAGCUCAAGACAGAUGCAUCAGUUGAUGCAGCAACUCCAGCGAGCAAGGCGGACGCUGGUGCAGCGAGGCCUGUGGUGGUACCUGCAGCUGCAGCAAGAUCAGGGCCAGUGGAGGUGGAGUCAUGGCCACAGAAGUACGCUCCCAAGAGUACAGCAGACAUCAUCGCAAACCAAGGCCUGGUUGGGAGGCAAGGCAUCGCGGUGGGGCAAGGAGGGGCCAAGAAGGGCAAGAAGGGCGGGAAGGGUGGAGCGGCUGGUGGAGGAGGGGCGGCAGGAGGGGACAUGAACAAGAAGGCCGUGCUGCUCAGUGGAGGGCCGGGCAUUGGCAAGACCACUACAGCUCGCCUUGUGAACGCCAGUGACUCUCGGGGGAAGUCGGACGCCAAGAUCCGCAACGGCAUGGGUGGCGCCACGUCCAACACCAUCAAGGAGAUGAUCUCCAACACCACUCUCCGCUUCUCGCCCACCUCCACCUCCACCAAGGGCAAGCAGCAACAGCAGCAGCAGGUGGAUAAAGCCGCUCUCAUCAUGGAUGAGGUGGACGGCAUGUCGGGGGGCGACAGGGGAGGCGUGGCGGACCUGAUAGCGAGCAUCAAGGAGAGCCGCGUGCCCAUCAUCUGCAUCUGCAACGACCGCUACAGCCAGAAGCUCAAGAGCCUCAUCAACCACUGCCUGCUCCUCAACUACAGGAAGCCCACCAGACAGCAGAUGGCCAAGAGAUUGCGGCAGGUGGCAAACACUGAGAAGAUCCAAAUCGCUGAUAAUGCCCUGGAGGAGCUAGCGGAGCGCACGGGUGGGGACAUGCGGCUGGCGCUGAACCAGCUGCAGUACAUGGCGCUGAGCUGCCGGCAGCUGUCAUACCAGGAGGUGAAGCAGCGCAUGCAGGCCAACGCCAAGGACGAGGACAUCCGCCCCAUGGCCGCUGCUGAUACACUGAUGGGAUACGGUGCGCGUGGCAAGAAAUUGGACAUUCUCAUUGAUGCAGCCAUGUCAGACAUUGACCUCAUGCCACUCUUCAUCCAGGAGAACUACCUGAACCACGUGCCUGGCAACGACCCAUUGUCUCCUCUCCUGCUCUCUCGCCUAUCCCAAGCGGCCGAUGCCAUCUCCAGUGGGGACCUGGUGAACGUGCAAGUGCGCAGAUACCAGCAGUGGCAGCACCUGCAGUUCGCUGCUGUCAUGUCCUGCAUCACACCGGGCUUGUUGGUCUCCGGACGAAGGGUUACUCUUCUAGACGGCGAGCGGAAUUUUAACCGCUUUCCUGGGUGGCUGGGGAAGAACUCUUCUCUGGGCAAGAACUACCGCUUGCUGGAUGACCUGCACCUGCACCUCCUCUCCUCCCAUCUCCUUCCCAACCCAUCAAGGCAAGUUGUUCGCCUUGACUACUUGGAGCCCCUCGUCUCCUCCCUCACACGUCCUCUGCACAAACAUGCACAGGAUGGAGUGGAGACCGUGGUGGAGGAGAUGCUGGAGUAUGGUCUCACACUUGACGACCUUGACACUGCCGUGGAGCUCUCACACUUCAAGGGUCAUUCUGGCCCUAUGGAGGGUGUGGCAGCGCCAGUGAAGGCUCGGCUGACACGGGAGUACAAGAAGGAGCAGCAGGCACACAAGGCCAAGUCUGCUGCCACCCUUCCGCCUCUCCAGCUGCCAGGGGGGCGUGGGAAGGCGGGUGGUCGAGGCAAGAUGGCUAAGCCGUCCGGUGGAGGAGGUGUGGAUGAGGCUUCUCUUUUGCAGGCUGACACUGACUUUCCUGUGGCUGUUGAUGAAGAUGGAGCACUGCAAGAAGAUGAUGAUGAGGCAGCCGCUGAGGAUGCAAGCAGUGAGCAAGAUGAUGACGACGAAGCUGUCCGUUUGAGACUUGUGGGGAAAUCUGCUGGCAACUCAAGCAAGGGAACCACGAAGAGUGGAAAAGGCAGGGGAAGGGCGAGAAAAGGGGCUUCUUAG